AUGUGUGUCCUGUUCCACAUCAUCACCAUAACUGCGAGGAGCCGGAACGCACACACCUCAUGUGUGACCAAAGACCGCGGGGCAGACACUACGCGGUUUGACGCUUUACCCUUUCGGGAACGUGUCCCAGCUCAGGGCUGCUCGCCGCUCACGGUAACAGCGGCACGGAGGGUACAGUCCCGCUGCAGCCUCCUCCCGGGGCUGCAAGCGAGACACCGGCAGCAGCAGCUCUCCGGCUAUCACCGGCCACAGGACCGCCGCAGCUCCCGCCCGCCCGCGCUGGCUCCAGGGACCGGCCGUCGCCGCGCCGCCCCCCGCGGGGACACGAACCGGGGGACACGCAGCGGCCAAGCCCCAGCUGGAGGCCGCUUGGCCCGGCCGGGCUUCUCCGGGGGCUGCCCCUUCAGCGCAACACCCCGCCCUGCGCGCCGAACUCACCGCGCCCUCGGCUGCUGCCCGGCCCGGCGGAGCGUCCCCCUGCUGCCCUCUCAGAGGCCGGCGAGUCGGCCCCGACCGUGCUGGUGGCGGCGGCCGCGGCGGCUCGUGGGCAGUGAGCGGGGCCGGCGGACCCUGCGCGCCUCCAUCGUCCUCUCCCCGCCUCCUCGGCAGCGUCGGGCCCGCAGGCGGGGCAAUGCGCAUGCGCCACAGCGCUGCUCGCGGACCGGCGGCCCGCCCCUGCGCAGCGCGGAGGGUACGAGCGAGCAGCUGCGCAUGCGUGAUGCUUGUGGCGAGGGGUUUGUGUGAGGCGGGUUCUCCUUUCCCCUCUGCUUUUACUUUUAAUUAUAAAUUAUGUGGGGCUAGAAUUAGAGCUCAGCAGAAAAUCGCAAUAAAAGGAGCAAGAAACGCGAAGAAAAGGGCAACCCCCCUCAAACAUCCAACACAAAAUGCACCGUAACAGCACUGACGGGUGGUGGUCUUGCUGAGGAGAAGCGGAUGCACCGGCCUCAAACACACUCAAGGCCGAGCAGUCACUGGAUCUCGAAAUCACCAAGAACUUGUCACAAACUUCAGCAGAGAAAUUCAUGUUUUCAGGAAACUGGGGAGCUGCCAAGAAGUGACAGUCAAUAAAUGACACGACAAACCUGAAAAAGAGGAAGCAGUUGCUACAUGUGGGGAAAUACCGUAGCAAUGCUACACCACUUUCUAACUGAAGUAUUUUCAGUCCCAGUUUCUCUUUAAUCCUCCUUCCAGACAGUGCUAAAAGCCCGGUCUACAAGGAAUUAAGGAAACAAUACACAGGUUUUUGCAGUUAAUGAUAUCCUGGAGACUCAAAUGGCUUUCACGUGCUGAAAGUGAUACUCAAACCAUAAAGGGACAACACAACAUGAGGAAGGAAUAUAGCAGUAAGUUUUACAGAUUCAAAGCACUCAUCUUAAGAGCUGCAGUAAAACAUGUUCCAGCAAAGAGGAACACAGUGCCUGUGUUAACUGUCCAUACCCAAUUACUGACUACAGAAGCUAACCAAAGAGUAAAUUUUCAUUCGAGUUGGCUCUUGGGAUGGAUUUUUCCAAAUUCAUUAAGAUGAAAGUGAGAAAUCACCACCAAAGCCAUUUUCCUGAAGGAUGUAUAUUGG